AUCCUCCCCUGCUUCAGGGUUCCUUGGAAAUAACACAGAGUUUAGAAGAUGAUCCUCUACUUGAUGCACCACUUAUUUCGUCUCAUGCAUUGCAUUCCCAACUGAGGCCAAGAUUUCGUGCUAUUCCAGCAGUCCUUAUUGCCAAUUUUCUGUUGUUCAUACAUGUCACUUUUGUUGUUCUAGCAUUUUUGGCAGCUAUGUUUUGUUCUUAUCCCAAUCCAAAUCAGGACAAGUGCCCUGGAAAUUAUACUCAUCCACUUAAAGUGCAGACUGUCAUAAUCAUUGCCAAAGUAAUUCUAUGGAUUCUGCAUGUUUUUUUUGAACGAUACAUCCAGCACCACCACAGUAAAGUCAGAAGCAGAGGUUACUUCUCAAUCUAUCGAUCAACAAGACAUCUAAAAAGGCUUCCACUGGUGAUACACUCUACAGGAAAUGCAGCCCUGCUUUUGAUUCUGUCAGCCCAGCAUUCCUUCCCUGAUCACAGUAAAGUGUACCUGUAUCUUAUCCUGGGAGUCCUGGGCCUGGAGCUGAUAAGUUCACUGACAUGCUUAGUGGUUUACACAGUGAAAAUAAGCAACUUCAAUCGUGCAAAGCCGAGGCCUGAUAUAAUUGAGGAGGAAAAGAUGUAUGCUUACCCCAGUCACAUUACCUCAGAAACAGGAUUCAGGGAAAAUUCAAGUUUAGAAGAGAUAGUUGAGAAGCAAGGAGAUGUAAUCGAAUAUCUUCAGCGACACAAUGCACUGCUCAGCAAGAGGCUAUUGGCACUAACAUCACAGCAAAUCAGAACUUAAAAGCAUUUGGGAAAACUGCUGCUGCAGCUCCACAGGGAUAUGAGGCAACCCAACCUGUACAGAUGACUCCAUGAGAUGACUCAUCUUUCACAUUUUAAAAUAGAAGUCUGUUAAGCUGGAAGUAUGAGUUCUACGCACACUGUAAACCUGUUCCAACUGGACAUAUUGUGGCGCUAUACCCCUUCCCCCUGUCCCAAUCGUCAGUUCAGAAAAGAUAUUCUGGAGCUUUGAGGAUUUUUAAUUCUUAACAGGUUAUAGUUGGACCUGAGGUAAUGGUUUAACCCUCUUCCAGUUGUUGCUAUUAUUUAGCACUGUUGUAACCCUUAAGCUUCAAGCUACCAAAGUAUUUUAUAUUUCUAGAACACAAACAGUUUUCUAGAAAAUCUAAUUUUGCAGAGGAUGGCUUCUCAGUUGAAUUUUCCAGUGGCUGAAGCUGAAACUAGGUAUGUUCUGUCACUGUCUGAGUCUUGUUGCUUCCAGUUAUUAGAAGUGAUGUACUCCAGUAAUCCUGUACAAAGUAGAUACUUGGUUUCUAGAUCUGUCUUGUUUUCUCCUUUGUCAAGAAAAUGAAAACUGUAGCCUAUGCCAGUGGGGAAACUUAGCACCUAAUUUAUAUUUGUUUUUGCUUUCUUUUUUUAAAAAAGCAAAAAAGUGCCAUAGAAUGACAAAUCUCACAUCUGAAUGUGUGGUAGGUAACAAUGUCAUGUGCAAACAAACAAUUUGAGCAGAUGUUCAGAAUUCUGGCUUUAAAACUACUAAAAGGGAUGUCCAGGGCUAUUGAUGUUCCUGAUGCUAGAAUUUUGUGUUGGUUAAUACUAAACAGGACUCUUACUCUGCAUAUUGAGCUAACUUGAGGCAAAAAUGUUUGGAAAUGAACUCUUUUUAUGAGAUAACUAGUUUAAUAUGGAAGAGAUCUAAACUCUUAAGACUGCAGUAUGAAGUUAGAUCCUGUUAAAGACGCUAUCACAAUUGCACACAUUGGCUCUAUACUUUGACUCUUCAAAAAUGUCAUCAUCCCGAUUCAAAAACUAAAAUAUAUACAUGAGUUGCAAAAACUCUAGUAGGAGACAGAAUUGAAAACUUGUUUCUCAAACUUCUAGAACACCUUUCCACUUCAUGGAUUUACUGGGAAGGCUAGUCUUUUAGCUUGAACCUUGCUGUCUCGGAGCAAUAGGAUGAGCCUGCCCACCCAUUCUCCUCCUUCACUGGUAAAAGAACCAUUCUGUUCUCAGUAUGACUUUGUCUACCAAUGCAGACUAAGUGUUAUUUUAGAAGCUGUUGCCUCUGUGAGGAGACUGGGUGAUCACUGGUCAAAAUGGGGAGAAGGCGCUGAUGAGGAGUGGUCUUGUAAUUGAAUAUAGAAAAAUCAAAAGAAAUUAGUCCAUUCCAUUCUGAUCCUGGGACGUAUCUAUAGAAAUCAGUUGUAUACCUGUUUAGUGUAUAACAAACAUGGGAGUUAUCUGGUUUGAAGGAAAACAAAUUUUGGAGACUUUGCUGUUACUCAACACUAAACCCUAUUCCCCUUUCACUAUUGUUUCUUGAAAAUGCAGCCAGGAUUUUAUAAUAACCUUCUGAGGGAUACAAAUACUUUUGGUUUUAGAACUCAGGUUUUGAUGUGAUUCUGUAUAUCAAUUUAUAUAAUUUCUAUGAAAAGCAGCAAUAUGACUGUGAAGUCCAUGCACAAUAAAUGCAACUAAGGAAAGGUGUGAAUUCUGUCAUUACUAAGAUCGUGUUUUCAAGACCCUAGCAUAUUUAUCUAUGAACAGUUACAUGUUGUCAAGCUACAUAACACUCCAGCCUUGAGUUCAUUUAGAACUCUGAGUGACUGAACUUACUAUGAUAUAACUUCUCACUUCCUUCCCCCUCUUACUUGAGGGGAAGGCUGUAAUAAAUGGGAUGCCAAGAGUUCCCAGGAAAAAUGGAACACUUUAGACCAGUAAGUCUGACAUGCUUACCAAUCAGAUGAGUAACAAUCCUUCCAAAAAGUAGAAUUAGGCAACAUAUAGGUCAGCCUAACUUUUGUAAAGGGACAUCCUAUUCUCCAAAACUGAGUUCAAUGAAGAAGGUAACAAGCUUUUUCUACCAAGAGAGGUUGGAUGGAUAGUCUGCUUGGAUUUCCAAAACUAAAAUUUCAAGUUCCUUAAAGUGGCUUUAGUGUAAGGAAGACAGGUGCUGUCAUGGUUAAAUAGUUGGUUACAGAUUGGAAAGAGGUGAUAAGAAGUAAAAUUCUGCGGGGUUCUAUGUUCAGCCCCAGGCUAUUCAAUUUAAAGGUAGAAGACUAGGAGAGGAUGAACAGUGAGGCUUGCAGAUAAUACUAAAUUACUGAGCUUAGUAAAGAUGAGAGGUCAUCUCUGAAAAAUACUAGAAGGCUGUUGUAAGAUUGACUGAUAAAAUAACAGAUGAAAUUAAAUGUAUCAAUACAAGUGUUGUGCAUCAGAGGUGGGGCAAAAAAGCUGAAUUUUGUAAAAAGUGAUGGGAUCUGGGUUUACUGUUCCUGUUAGUACUGAAAAGUAGUAUCUUGAUUUUUUUGUAAUUGGUGUUUUCAUGAAAUCUGUCAGCUCAAUGCUUGGUACUUGUCAGAAAAUUAAUAUUACAAAUUAUUAGGAAUAAAACAGAGUGGAUAAAUUAAUGUGUACACAGUUGCGGGUACCCAACCCAAAAAUGAUGCGGUAAAACUGUAAGAGGCUUAGAAGUAUUCAGAAAACUCACUGAAGGUGUGACAGUGCACCUUCUGUGUGAGGAAUGCUAAGUAAAAUAGGAUGAUUGAAAUUCAUCAAACUGUAAAUCACAUAUUAAAAAUGUGAGUACAGGUGAUUGUUCCCCAGACCUCCCAAUGCAAAUGGCAGGAGACACCAAGUGAGGCAAGCAGGUUCAAAAAAAAAAAAACUUUCUCACUUGUGGAACUCCUGGCCACAGGAUGCUUUAAAUGCUGAAAAUCUACAUAAUUUUGGAGGCAACUGGAAAAGCUCAUAGAAGAGAAUGCCUUUAAGAACAAAUUGAUCACAAGGUUUUUUCUUUUUUUUUGCAUCUUCCUACACCACAGCUGGAGACAGGGUAACAGAUGGAAUAGAUGGACUUUUGAGCUGAAUGGUAAACAGCUCUGCACAGUUCUGUUCUGUGUGGUGGUGAUGCAGGCACCUGUGAUUCAGGUGAAGAAAACUAUUCCAACUGGCAGUCUGUGCAAGUUUUCCAUUAUGCUGAAGUUCUCACAGCACGGUUUUUGGCUAUUUUUAUUAGCCAAGCACUCUCUGCAAAUUGCAGUAGGCCAUAUAAACCAGCAAACACACUUGUAUUGUUGUCCAAUAACAGAAAUGGGAGAAUGACAUCUGUACUCAUCAAUAUGCUUGGUAUUCCUCCCAGUGUCCUUGAAAACAAGUCAUUUUGGGUAGAAUUUCAGUGUCAAGGGGCCAAUUGCUAAACUGUUGGUGAAUAAUCGCCUUUAUAUAUUUUUGUAGUUAUGGUAGGGGUAGCUUUUGAAACUAAGCUCACUUUAAAGCUUUGUUUCUAAUGUCUCUUUCAUGGAUAAUUGUUUUUCUAGCAUACUUCAUGCCCCUUUUUUUCCUACCCCUCUUCCAUCUCCUCAACACAGAAGAAUAGGUUACAUAGUCUACUAGAAUAACCUGACUGUAUUUUGAGGGAAUCGGUCCUACUGAUUUUUCCUUCAAGACUGAUUAAGAAGAAAAAUGCAGAUUAACUGGCUAUAUAUGUUUCCUUCUUGGUGAAAGGGCUGGUGAGCUGUCUGUGCAAUGGCAGGGAACCUGCUGCUGGAAAGCAAGGUGCAGCUCCCCUGUGCUGCGCUAAGUAAGCAAAUGGUGAAGGACUGCCAACAACAAGUCAAAGUUGUUACUAGAGUUAUUGUAACUCCCUUGUAUCUUUUUUCCCGCUGUAGGUUUAGGCUUCUGAAAAAAUGGGCUUUCCACACUUGUACAGAGUUUGGUACUAGAGGGCUCUCAAUAUGAGAACCCUCCUUAUUACUUGAAGCUAGAAUCUUAAUCUUCAUCUUUUCUAAACUCCAAGAGCACUAAGGCUGCAAAGUUUGUCGAGUUAAGGUGUCAAAGACUGGCAGUAGACAAGCACAAACCAAACCCACUUGUUGGCAUCUUUGCAGCUGGCUCUGCAAGAGCACAGGUGAGGUCAGCGCUGUGCUGGCUCUGUCCUCUUGCCCUGCUUCACUGCAGCUGUGCUGAGCUGUGCAAGGCUCUGCCUUGUGUUGGAGAGGGAAAAAUCGCCACCUGCUGCUAAGGAAGGUUUUUUAAAUGUAGUUAGUGAUGUCACUCUACCUGCAAGAAGAGCCACUGCCCCACAAGGUGCGCUGUGAUGUCAGAGGGAGCCCUCUGAUGUCGCACGUGGCUGCGCUGCGUGCUGCGCAUUGUAGUCCUGCCUGGGGGUGGUGGGCGAUGGUGCCAUCCGCUCUGUUUGUGCUGACUCGUGGGGUGGCAGCCCUGCGGCUGUCCCGUCUGGUUUCUUCUGCUGCGAGUUUUAUCCCAAUGGAGAACGCAAUGUCAGCUUCUGAUCACAGAUUUCAUUGUACCACCGAAGGGCACCUGCACAUCCCAUACUGUCCUGCAUGUUCAGCAAGCACUGAAGGGCUGGGGCAGUUUCAGAAAAAGAGUAUUCCCUAACAAAUCUCAAUGGUUCGUGAGCGCUCUGCUACAAAAUGGCACUUUGUUAACCAUCACUGCCCUUCCUUGGUGCAGUCUGGCAACCAUUUGCACAGGUGAUAAAUGUAGAUCUGAGUAACUGAAGAAAUCCCUUUACAUAGUUAAAGCUGAUGAACGCAUAAAUAUUUGUAGGUCAACGGUUCAUAAGAGCUAGUGGAUUGCAACCAGCAUAGCAAGAACAUAAACAAAAAGAAUUAACUUUUCAUGUUACAACUGUAUGAAGAAUUGAUUAUAUAUCAUGUUAACGUUUAUUUUUCAUCUUAUAUUUCUUUUUACUAUUCAGUUUCUACCCUGGUAGCUUUUGGUUUCUGUAGGAAAAAAAUACAUAUGUUUUUCAGGUUUGGGAAAACACUGGUCCACCAAGCAAACAUAAAAGAUUUAGGGCUGCCCCAAAAUGUUCACAUUGAGGGGGUGGGGGGGGGAUGUUAAUAAUUUUUUGAUAAACCACUGCAAUGUGCUAAAUAUUUUGUACACAUUGAAGAAGAGAUAUUUCACUGAUCUCUUUUUUGUGUAUGACACAUUGUAUGUAAGGGAGAAAUUCCCAGUUGGUAUUUGUGUGCUCUGUUACUGAACAGUUCAUAGUGGAAAUUAUUUUUCUGUAUAAACACUUCCAGUCUUCCACCUCACAAAGGAGAUCGCUGAUUGUAAUUGACCAAAUGGUCAUGUUUUAAGGUUCUGUGUGAAUAAAGAGGUAAGCAGGCUUACCCUGUAGGUCGUAUUUAAUCUAAUAGAAAAGUAAUGUGAAGGAGGAAAGACAUUUGGGUAGCAAACAACCUUAAGGUAACACAUGAGACAUAACAAAGCAUCAUAAGCACUGGAAUUAAGCUUUUAGGCAUUAUUACUAAAAAAAAACAUAUGUUGCAACGUUUCUACUGUUGGAGUUGUUUCGCACUUUGCAAAAAGUUUGCAGCUGAUCACCAUCAAGAAAGACAAAGGGCAGCUACAGCUCUAAGAGAUCAGUAUGCUAAUUACACCUGCCUGAUGGUACUCAGACCUUUGAAAUUCACUUACCAUGCCAAUUCUUGCCCCAUCAAUGUUGAUAUAAAUCUUAAGUGACCCUUAACAAAAUUUGGCCUUGUGUAUACAGACAGGUAUUUAUAGCACAUGUAUGUGGCGUAAGGGAAAUAUUUUCAGUCUUUAUUCUUCUAUAAUUUCCUUUUUUCCAUACUGGAAAGGGAAGAGGUGAAUUGUUUAUUAUCCUUUGGGAACAUACUAAUCUGCUGUUUCUCACCACAGCCUUACAUUUACCUCCAUUUCCUGUUGACCCGCUAUUAUAUCAUUUUGUACUUCACUCUAAAUAGCCAGUGUAAUUCAAAGACUUAAUGAAAUGGAGUUUCAAAUAAGAUUUAAAAUUAUCCCGCAUAAACUCAUUCUUUUCUUGUAGUUAGUUAUUCCAAAUUUAAAAACCUGACAUUUUGGGUUUCAGAGUUUGAGGUUUGAACAUACCUUUGGAUCAGGUCUUUUGAUUGUUAAUUGCACCCUUGCAGACCACCAUUCUGAAUUUAACAAACAACUUGUAUUUGUACAAAGCCUCCUUUAAACAUACUUUCAUACAUGCCCAUGGAGAAUUCAGUCAACGCAGCUGUUGUAGCACUGUGUCCAAACACUUCAUGUUUAUAUAUGUAAUCGCACUUUCUCAUGCAAACCUUUUUAUCUUGAUUGCACAAAUUAAGUUACAGGAGUAACUUCAAACCAAAUCAAGGGUAAGUCCUGCUCAACUGAAAAUCAGGACCCCUGAAGUCCUGCUCCCACUGAAAUUAAAUGACAGCACAGUAUUGUGCUGUGGUAGAAGCAGUAGGCACUUAAUUCGACCGUGUAAGAUUUUAACACUUAGAAGUUUAUACAUAGUAUUCAACCUCUAAAGGUUGCACACAAGUUAGCACACAUUUCAGCUUCUUAAUGCUUCAAAUAGGACUACGUCCUUUGCUGCCAAAGUUGUUCCCUUGUUCUAAAAUAAAGAAAGGUAAUUUUCUUUAAUUUGUGAGAACAUUCUGUUUUCAAGGCCUAAUCAGCCUGAGUUCAUUAAAAAUCAUGCUUAUUUUAGCCAUGAAGGCAAUGCAUAGAGCAUCCUAGUGUAAUCCUAUUAUAUCAUGAUGCCAUGCUAAUCAUGCUGUGAUUGUACCAACCAGUAAUUUUAAAAUAAGUUAUUAGAUGGCUUUUAUCAGAACUAGUUUUAUAUUUUUUAGAAAGAUAGAAAGCGUGAGGAAAAUGUAUGUUUACAAGAGUAACUAUUGUGUCAGAAAUGGAGUAAUACGUUUUACACAUUGAUCCCAUGUGAAUUUACAAGGGAAUUAGACCAAUUUUCCAUUUUCUUUGGAUACAUAGCCCUUGACAUCUGAAGAAUGUAAAAUUUAAACAGUGUACAAAGUUUAUUUAAAAAGAGACAUCAAAAUGUUGUUUGAAGUGCAUACUAUUUUUUUUUUUUUUUUUUUUUUUAAAAAAUAUACAACUUACCAGCAAGUUUAUAAACAUAUCUAUCGACGAUCACAAUCACUGUCUUUUACAAAGAUUUUAUGGUAUCAACAUGACUAAUAAAGAACAAAGACAUUCAGGAUAACUUUGCAGAGACUGACAACCUCUGCUUCCUAGGACAUUUCAGUACUUCUUGUUUUAUUUUUCCAUCUGUAAAGGAACAUGUAUCUAUCAGAGAGCUAUAUAUGCAUUAGGUUUCUCUUAUUUUAACAAAGUUAAUUGAAUAAUUAGGGUUAUAUAAAAUACCCAGUGCCACACUAAAUCCAUAUAUUCAUUCAUAAGACAUAACUGUUAAAUAGUUGCUUACUCUUCACCCUUCUUGCUUUUCCACACUCUCUGCC